UGUAAGUUGACAAAAGGGAGAAAAUGGCAAACAUUUGAAUCCCAAAGAGCGCCACUUUCUCUUCACUACCCGACAAAUCUUCCCUCCUUUUUCACGCCUCCUUGUUCCCUAUACCUUCUUCCGCAUCGUAACUCUAAAAACCCUAGAAUCGUCUUCAUAAAGAAACCAUCCUCUGUUUCUAUCCCCUUUCAUUUCCUCUGCAAUCUGAACGUUCUCUCCUCUUAAUCUAAUCAAUUUCAGAUGGAUUCUCCCACAGAAACUGGACAAGUGAUCUCUGAUGAUUCACGUGAGUGGUUAGAGAAUUCGCUUGAAGAAACCUCACCAGGUUUGGACCAAAGUGCAUCUUCCCCUGUAACUCCAGAGUCUGACAGAAGACAUGUUGUUCUCAGCUUUGGUAAUGGAAGUUCAGAUGUUUCUCCAAAUCAUGAGUCUGACUCUUCUUACUCCGAGUUAGACUCGGAAGCAGAGGCCUUUUACUCAUCACUUAACCACCAGCUGGUCUCAUCAGGGACAAUGGAUGGUCAUGAGUUAACUGAGAAGCCAAUGAGCUACAGUGAAUUGAUGAAUAAGCUUUCUCAAUACGAGGAAGAGCUCAGGACUAAAAGCCUAAAGCUCCAAGAAUCUGAACAAGAGAUUGAAAAACUCAAGGGUGAGAAGAGAGAUUCUGCUGAGAAUCUACGUGCUGAGCUUGAAGUUGCAAGGAGAGAGAUAGAGACAAAGGACACAUACAUUGAGAGUGAGAAUAGGCGAGCCCUGGAGCUGCAAGAAGAGGUGGUUGAUUUGGAAUCUCAGCUCUCAGAUUUACGUUUCAAUGUAGGGAAUGUAGUGGAUGAGCUUCAUCUGAGUAAAGAGCGUUUAGCUGUAUCUGAUGCUGAUAUCUCAAAGCUCUCUACUGAGAAAACAAAGCUGGAGAUUGAUGUUUCCGGUUUGUUAGAGAAGCAGACUUUCUUGGAAGAUCAGAUUAAGCAUUCUGAUGCAGAGAAAAUGGAGAUGAAGAAUAGAGAGGUUAACCUGGAAGCUGAGACCAAUGCAUUGAAGACAGAGUUAGCCUCACGAGGUGACCACAUUGAAGUAUUGAACAAGGACUUCGACAAGCAUAAGCUGAGGUAUGACAUGUUAAUGGCAGAGAAAGAUGGAGUUUGCGCUGAAGUAAACACUCUAAAAGCAGAGAUGAGAUCAAGAGAUAUCCAGAUCAAGCAAAUGGAGGAGCAAGUUAACCAGCUGGUCUACAGGCAGACAGAGCUUGUGUCUGAAUCAGGAAACGCCAAGAACACAGUGGAAGAACUGAAGGAGAUUGUCAAAGAGCUAGAGAAGCAAGGAGAGUUACAGAGAAAUGCUAUAUCAGAAGGUGAGGAAGAGAAACGAGAGGCGAUUAAACAGCUUUGUUUCGCUCUGGAUCAUUACAAAACCGGAUACAGACAACUCUUGCGGGUUCUUUCGAGCAAAUGAAAAAAGCUAUUACAUGCAAUCAUGGUCGUGUGAAUUUUUAGAUGAAUGCUCUCUCCCUCCUUUGUUUAUUCGUUUUACAUCAGUAUUAUGUCUUCCUUUGUCCCAUCAUGUUUGUGUGUUUCUCUUCCGUCUCAGACAUUAUUCAGAAUCUUUAGUAUGAAUUGCUAUUUAUAUGAAAUUUAA